AUGGCAACUGUUUCACCUACACAGCUCACAUAUCGAUCUUUUAACAACCUAAGCCUAGUUUUGGGACAUCCUACCUAUGAAACCAUUAAAAAUUUCCAAGAUGGUAGUAUUAAGACCUUUCAGUACAGCAAGGAUGGUGGAUAUCUUAGUUUGGCGUCACCAGAAAGUGUAAAGAUCAUAAACGCUGAAAUUGCAGAGCCUCUUAGCGAAAUUGAAAAAAAAAAUAUUGUUGAAAUCGGGUUUUCCCCGAAGGGGACAUACAUCUCUACUUGGGAAAGACCAGUUAAGCUACCUGACAAUUUGGUACACAAGAAUUUAAUUGUAUGGGAAACGGCAACCGCGCAAACGUUGAUUCAAUUUACACAAAAGAGUUCGGCGAAUUGGAAUGUUCAAUGGACUGAAGAUGAAUCGUUUUUUAGUCGUAUGGUGACUGGUGAAGUUCAUUUCUACGAUAGCAAACGUAUUGAUAAAGGGAUUCAUAACAAGUUACGGUUAGAAAACAUCAUUGAUUUUUCUCUGUCCCCUGGAAAAAAUCCUUUCAUAGCUGUAUUUAUUCCAGAAAAAAAUAGUGCUCCUGCAUCUGUUCGUAUUUAUUCGAUAUCCAACUUUAAUUCUCCAUUGGCACAAAAAACUUUUUUCAAAGCCGAUAAAGUUCGAAUGAAUUGGAACGAUCUCGGUACAAACUUACUAGUUCUAACACAAACUGAAGUGGAUAAAACAAAUAAAUCUUAUUACGGAGAGACCAACUUAUAUUUUCUAUCCGUUGCUGGAAAUUAUGAUUGUUGUGUCCAACUUAAAAAGGAUGGUCCAAUACAUGACGUCGCUUGGAGUCCAAACUCUAAAGAGUUUAUAGUGGUUUAUGGAUAUAUGCCUGCCAAGGCAACAUUAUUCGAUCAUCGUGCAAAUCCCAUACAUGAAUUCGGAAUUAGUCCUCCAGGUUUCGGGAAUCUUGCUGGAACAAUAGAUAUUUGGGAUCGUGAGAAUCUGAAAAAAUUAACAACCAUAGAAGCUCCUAAUUCAUCUGAAUGUUUUUGGUCACCUGAUGGACGUUACAUAAUGACUGCGACUCUAAGUCCUCGGCUACGAGUUGAUAAUGGUUAUAAGAUUUGGCAUUAUACCGGUGUACUAGUGCAUGAUGAGAGUAUUCAGGAAUUAUUACAGAUUCAAUGGAGGCCAGCUAGCGUAGAACAAUAUCCAAUGCGUACUUUAUCACCACCACCUAAAGUUUCAGAGGAUUCUGGUGUAUUGGCUGCGAAACCUUCACGUAAUCCAUCGUUUUAUUUAUUACGUAAAAGGACAAUUUUCUGGGUUGUAAAAUUACUGAAAGUAGGUGCUUAUCGACCUCCACACGCACGUGGUACUGCAACACCAGAUAUGUUUAAGCGCGAGGAUGAAGCAACUAAACGAAUAAAUAUGCAAGAUCAUGGAAAUAAACCUAUGAUAGUAGGGGCAUCUGAAGUAACUACAAAAGCUGCUGUUAAAAACAAAAAGAAGCGCGAAGCGGCAAAGAAAAAAAAGGAAGAAGCAAAUAUUACCUCUGAAAAGAGUAAUGCAGUAUCAUCGUUGCCUCAAUCGCCAGCGCCGACUCAACAGGUCAUUGAUAAUGAUAUAAUAGAUACUGUUGAUGUUACUGAUUCAGCUAAAGAACCAAUAGCAUCAGCUCUAUCGACAAAUGGAACAUCUCAGGGCGGAAGCUUAUUGUCAGAGACAGACAAAAAGAUUCGAAAUUUAACGAAAAAGUUAAGACAAAUUGCUGAACUUAAAGAAAGGCAACAGAAGGGUGACAAAUUAGAGCUGACACAGAUGCAAAAAAUCGCAACUGAGGCUACGUUACGUAAAGAAUUGGAGAUGUUAAAACCUUAA